AGGCGUUUUUUUUUUUGAAUGCACUAAAUUGCAUCGAGUCGGCUAUCUGAUAACCAAGUCCCCUUAGUAAAUCUUUGCAUUUUACAGGAAAGAAGGAUAUUGCCGGCUCUAUUUGCAGCACAAGUGGAAUCUGCGGCGGGGAUUUUUAUCACAUCCCUCGACGGUCGUUCAAGUCAUCUUGCUCGUGUCGUAAGACUAAGAACUAGUACACUCGCUGCUCAGUAAAAACUAUCAAAACGCAGUAUACAAGAAAUUACAACCUCCAGUCGAAUUAUUUUACCAAAAUCACAAAAUGUCGGCCGCUGCUCCUCUUUACAAAAGAAGACUUCCCUUCCUGCUCCUCGCAGCGAGCAGUACGACAAAAACUCGCUUUGCCUCCGCCUACGAGAAGUUUCGGUAUACGGAGUCGGAAUCAACCUCCACCAAGGAAGGCAAGGAAAAUCUGGACUCGAUAAAGAUCAUUUCCGGACCGGUGUCAGGCGGUCCGGACGGCCUCGGGCUGCCGAAGGAGAUUCAGGAUCUGCUGGCCUCCGGCGCCCACCCGGGGCACCUGACCAUCCGCAUGACGCCCAUAAACAGUCCGGACGGCGGGGGCCAGAAAGACAUCGGCACGGUCGAGGAGAUGCAGAAACUGUUGCCGAAAGUCGGGUCCGGCAACGGUCCGUCCGGGCUGCCCAGGGACCUGGAGGAGCUGCUCAGCGGGCCGCCAUAUGCAUUGCAAAUAUGUCUGGGUCUGGAAGAGUGCAGGUUUGUCAUGCUUGUCUGGCAUGUGUGAAGAGAAGAGUCUGUGACGCGUAUCCAAGAAGAGACCCUCUUGCUUGUCAUGCAAAAGCGCAGUUUUUCAUGCGGAAAGCGCAACACUAAGCAGCGCAGAUAUUAAUUUCUCAUGCUUGGCUGUGCAAUACAGAGCAUUCACUAUUCCUAACCCAGCAUUACAAGUUUCCAGACCCAGACAUAUUUGCAUUGCAUACGCCAACGGUGCGCCUCGUGCCGCUAGGGAGUGGCCCACCGGGAGGGGACAUGAUCGACGAAAUUUUGAAGGAAUUGGACAGCAACAUCGCCGGGACAAUGGUAUAUUACUACAAACAUGGCUUUUUCACUUUCCAAUGAACUACUCUCGUACUUGUGAAAGUAGUCUGGAUGACACCACAGACGUCGUGUAGAACGGCACCGUGAUCUGCUCUGCUGCAUGACGAACUCCAAUAUUAAUUCUCUUCCUCGCAAAAAGUACACGUUUUUUUAUCAGAACAACAUGCUGGGCCUUGGGCAUCCGAAGAAGCACCCGUGCGACGCGAUUUUGGAAAAGGUCUGCCCCGAUGUGCAGCGUUCGGAAACGCAAAAGUCCAUCCACUGCCUGGCCGAGCACCGAGAGAGCAAUUCCCCCGAGUGCGAAAACACGAUCAAGAAUUCCCUGCCGUACCUAUCAUAUGUAAAAACGUCCCCACCCCAUAGUCAAGUUGGGAACUUAGCAACACAAAUCCAGAAGUUUUGGGAGCCACGCAUGACAAGUUGCAAUCUGUUGUGGUGUAGUGCAUGUGUAUCAGUUCAACUGGUCCCGCGGUUCAACAAUGUACCUACCAGUUCAAUAGCGCCCCGGGGCCUAAAUAUUCUAGAACAAACAGGGCAUUUGAUAUGCUCAGCGCCAAAAAAAUAUGCGGGUGGGGGAAGAAGUAGGGGGGGCGUUCCUGACCCAAAGGUACGCUCCUGAUCUCUCUGGUACUUACUCGACCCGGGGGGUCAGGUAUUACCUGACCCCCGGUUCGGGUCUGUACCUGCAAUGCCGCAGCGCCGUCGUUUUAGAUGGUGCUGCGGCACAGCAUCGCGCACCGUGAUGGGAACCACAGGCCUCAAGUCUGUCACUACAGAAAAAAGCAGCCACGACUGCGAUCGGUCCUAGCGUUCGCCCGUUUUCUGUUUGAAACCAGUGCCACGCGCACAGCUUCAGUCUUCGCGUGCCCAUUCAUCGGAAGCACCGUUCCGAAAUCGUGUGGCCGCCAGCCGUCCCACCGUAACCCCACAAACCAAAAUCGCGCGCGCGCGCGCCAAAAGAGUCGCUUGCGCCUGUCGUGGGCCUUCGUGCCUCACAAACCAAAAUCGCGCGCGCGCGCGCCAAAAGAGUCGCUUGCGCCUGCCGUGUGGCCCUUCUGCUUCUUUGAUCGCGCGCCGCGUCCCGGUGUGGGCUCCGCCGUUCCUUGGUGCUCGCCUCCUUUGUUGCGCCUCCUCGCGGGCCGCUUUUUCUGUCAGUCUUUUUCUUUUUUUUUUGCUCUUUUGCAGCUUUCUUACUACUUUUUUUGGCCCACCUCAGGCAUUUCGUUUUUUUUCAAUUCGGCGCUCCACCUGUACACGUCGGCGCAGCACUGUUUCUGCGCACUUAGUGUUGCUCCAACCUUCUCCCGUGCGCAUACUUUUUGCGCCAUAUGGUUCCCGCAAGAUAUGCUCUGCCGCUCAUCGAGAUUGCUUUCAACCUUUUCCCGCUCUUUUUUUUUGGGAUUUGCUACGAGAACUAGUACUAUGUAUGGUUCUGCUCUUUUUCGUAUGCCCGGAACCUUCGCGAACUAGUUCGCGAACUGGGGUACACUCUCGAACCGAUUCACAUGGCAAAUUUUCUCAGCAUGAGAAAGAAAAUUUGUAAUGGGGAUUUAAGCUGAGAAAGAAAUUUGUAAUGCAUGUGUAUCAGUUCAACAGGGCCCGCGGUUCAACAAUGUACCUACCAGCUCAAUACCGCCCCGGGGCCUAAAUAUCCUAGAACAAACAGGCCAUUUGAUAUGCUCGGCGCCAAAAAAAUAUGCAGGUGGAGGAAGGAGUAGGGGGGGCGUUCCUGACCCAAAGGCACGCUCCUGAUCUCAGUGGUACUUAGUCGACCCGGGGGGGCAGGUAUUACCUGGCCCCCGGUUCGGGUCUGUGCCUGCAAUGCCGCAGCGAAGUCGUUUUAGAUGGUGCUGCAGCACAGCUGCGCGCACCGUGAUGGGCGCCAAAGGCCCCAAGUCUGUCACUACAGAAAACAGUAGCCAUGACUGCGAUCGGCCCUAGUGUUCGACCGCUUUCUGUUUGAAACCAGCGCCGCGCGCACAGCUUCGGUCUUCGUGCGCCCAUUGAUCGGAAGCAGCGUCCCUAAAUCCUACGGCCGGCAGCCGUGCCACCGUAAACAAUAGUCGCGCAGCGCUUCGCGCCUCACAAACCAAAAUCGCGCGCGCGCGCGCCAAAAUACAGGACCUUUUGGGGCUUGUUGCGUGCACAUACUUUUUGCGACAUAUGGUGCCCGCAAGAUAUGCUCUGUAGCUCAUCGGGAUUGUUUUCUCCCGUUGCCCGCUCUUUUUUUCGGGGUUUGGCACGUGCACUACGUAUGGUUCUCUUCUUUUUCGUAUGCCCGGAACCUUUACGAACUAGUUCGUGAACUGGGGUACACUCUCGAACCGAUUCACAUGUUAGCAAGGACAAUCGCAUCACUAAUUCGUCUGCUUAUCCUGUUGACAGCAUUACAAAUUCCAAAACGCGUGGAGAUGCCUCUCAUGGAGAUGCGCAUCGCAAAUCUUCCUGUAAUCGCAAAUCUGCAUGACAACCAUGGGGUGGGGACGUUUUCACAUAGGAUAGUACCUGUGCCACCGCGAGAUGCAGGACCUGUGCAACGAAAAUCGCGCGGACCCGUUUGACGUGAGUCCUUUGACGUGCCUGCGGAACGUAUGGAUGUGUCAGGUUUGAAAUCAUCAAAGUUGAACUAGUUUGUGAUGCAUAAAAUGCAACCCACAAAAUGCCUGUCUUGCAGAGUAGGCAAGGGAGGCCGAUUGUAAGCCUGUUCGGGGGUAGACAUAGAGCUGCUAAAGCAGCAUGACAAAAGGCGUCUUUCUUACCCAAACAGCAUUACAAACUGGAUUUCGGCCCUACCCAAAUUUGUCAUGCGCCAGUAGCACAGUCUGUUUAUGUCAUGUGUAUCAGUUCAACUGGUCCCGCGGUUCAACAAUGUACCUACCAGUUCAAUAGCGCCCCGGGGCCUAAAUAUUCUAGAACAAACAGGGCAUUUGAUAUGCUCAGCGCCAAAAAAAUAUGCGGGUGGGGGAAGAAGUAGGGGGGGCGUUCCUGACCCAAAGGUACGCUCCUGAUCUCUCUGGUACUUACUCGACCCGGGGGGUCAGGUAUUACCUGACCCCCGGUUCGGGUCUGUACCUGCAAUGCCGCAGCGCCGUCGUUUUAGAUGGUGCUGCGGCACAGCAUCGCGCACCGUGAUGGGAACCACAGGCCUCAAGUCUGUCACUACAGAAAAAAGCAGCCACGACUGCGAUCGGUCCUAGCGUUCGCCCGUUUUCUGUUUGAAACCAGUGCCACGCGCACAGCUUCAGUCUUCGCGUGCCCAUUCAUCGGAAGCACCGUUCCGAAAUCGUGUGGCCGCCAGCCGUCCCACCGUAACCCCACAAACCAAAAUCGCGCGCGCGCGCGCCAAAAGAGUCGCUUGCGCCUGUCGUGGGCCUUCGUGCCUCACAAACCAAAAUCGCGCGCGCGCGCGCCAAAAGAGUCGCUUGCGCCUGCCGUGUGGCCCUUCUGCUUCUUUGAUCGCGCGCCGCGUCCCGGUGUGGGCUCCGCCGUUCCUUGGUGCUCGCCUCCUUUGUUGCGCCUCCUCGCGGGCCGCUUUUUCUGUCAGUCUUUUUCUUUUUUUUUUGCUCUUUUGCAGCUUUCUUACUACUUUUUUUGGCCCACCUCAGGCAUUUCGUUUUUUUUCAAUUCGGCGCUCCACCUGUACACGUCGGCGCAGCACUGUUUCUGCGCACUUAGUGUUGCUCCAACCUUCUCCCGUGCGCAUACUUUUUGCGCCAUAUGGUUCCCGCAAGAUAUGCUCUGCCGCUCAUCGAGAUUGCUUUCAACCUUUUCCCGCUCUUUUUUUUUGGGAUUUGCUACGAGAACUAGUACUAUGUAUGGUUCUGCUCUUUUUCGUAUGCCCGGAACCUUCGCGAACUAGUUCGCGAACUGGGGUACACUCUCGAACCGAUUCACAUGCGCCACUUGGAAACUGGGCUCCAACUGGCAUCCGUUUUGUGCAUCACAAAUUAUUUCAACUUUGUCAAUUUCGAUCCUAACACAUCCAUACAACGCGCUGGAGAAGGACGUGGCGUCGGGCACCGCCGGCGGUCCCAGUGCGCUGGUUUCGGGGCAGUGCAAGGAGGCCAUGGACCUGACGCACAAGUUUGUGAACGGGCUCAACGCCGUAUGAGAAUGCACAACCCCCCCUCCCCCUCAUUCGUAUUGCAUGAACAGCGAUACAAACUCCAGCACACGUGGAGCCUGUGCAUGACAAAUUCAUGCGCCUAGUGUAGUAGUACUGUUUGGGCUUCCCGAAUCUGUCAUGCAAACAGUGCCACAGGGAAGCACUUGGGUUUGGUGGUUUGCAUGACAAAUGAGGGGGAGGGGGAGUUGUGCACUUUUAUACUCCGCGGACCACAAGAUUUCCAUCGUCGACAAAAACACGAACCAGGAGGUCAUGCUAUUACAGUGAAAAAUGCGUCCACACCGGAUUUUGCACAAGUUUCUGAUGCCAAGUUUCCACAUGAAAACUUUUUGUCUUGCAUGAAAGGAGUACGAGUCUUUUUGAUGCAGAAUCUAGACACGCAGGGUAUCUUUUGCAUAACAGACCCGGCUGGUUCUGGGCUCUUUGCAAUACAAAUUUGGGCUGUUUAGCAUGGAAAAUUUGUGAUGCUGAUCUGGUAACCAAAGCGUGCGCAAGCGCUCGCAAGAGCGCUUUGCGCGCGGGCUUGCCCGCGCGCAAAGCGCUCUUUGCGAGAUGCUCAUCCAUCGCAAACGCAGCGCGAAGGCUUUGCCGUUGCCAUAUGGGAGGGACUCGGGAGUAUGCAAUCACUCGCAAAAUCGGGCAUUUCCAAGCGUGUUUUGCCGCCAGAAAGGGGAUCUGAGAAAAUUUGCGUAAGUUUUGCCGAAAGCAGCCAAAACAGUAAUUAUCAAGCGGGGAGAGGGUAAAAAAGAGAAGUUUUAUUGCUCCGCCCGGUCUGAAUCUGAAAAAAGAUAUUGGCGUUUUCGGCUAGGGCCGACGGUGUGAUGCGUUUUAUAGCGGAAAAUGCGUCACGUGCAGGCAGCUCCGGCCGCUUAGAAAUUGAAAAAAAUUGCGAAAAAAACGCUAUUUUUCGCAGCAUGCAAGCGGCCGACUAAAUUUACCGAUUUUCUCCAGUUCCCGGAAACCGCUUGAAAAUUGAAAAUGACAAUUUUUGCUGAAAAAGCAAAAGCCGCUUGAAAAUUGCCGCUCAAAAGUGGUUUUCAAAUUUGUCCGGAGGCCCGUGGCACCGGUUUUGGACGACAAAAAAACAACUAUCAAGCCUGUGGAGGUGUGUCCACCCCCCACGGUUUUCGACGUGUAUGAAGGCCAGAAUUGCGAUCCUCCUCCCGCUUGGAAAUGCCCGAUCUGGGUGGCCCAAAAGGGCUGCCAGAAAUGGCGAGAGUUGUUUAAUUUUUUGAAGUUUGCGCAUUUUCCCGGGCCAGCGUGCCGCCGUGCAUAACGUUAUGCGCGAUGGAGUGCUGCUCGCCAAAAAACGCAGUCUUUUGCGCGCCCUUGCUUCCUGGUUAGAGGAUGAGAGCGCGGCCCGAAGCGGGCUGCAGUGUUGGACCGCGGCCCUUGGGCCGCGGUCCAAGAGUGGUGCCCGCGAGGGCCGCGCUCUCAUCCUCUAACCAGGAAGUCAAGGGAUGCGCGGUAGCCUUCGCGCUGAUUGGGGCGCUUCGCACGCUUUUGGUUACCAAUAUCGCCCUCCGGGCGCGACCUUAAUAUAUGCAAGACGGGGAAUGUUUCUACUGGAAAGGUUUGCAAUGCAAAUGCAGCCAAAUGCUGGGGUGGGGGAAUUUUUCAUUUCAAUACAUGCAGCUGGAUCCGCACGCCGGGCACUCCAUCGCGAGUCUGGACGCCGCGGCGCGGUCGCAACAGAGCUGUCUGCUUCCGCUCGGCUGCCUGCUGAUUUUCGUGCUUUUGGUCUCCGUCGUGAUGAACAAAUCGCCGGUUUUAUCCUGGGUAAAAACGUCCACACCCCAAAGUUGUCAUGCAAAUCUGCAAGCCUAGAAGAUUUCUCAUGCGCAGCCCCAUGAGGACCAACUUGUGUUGCUACCUGGGUGGAGUUUGUCAUGCUGACAUCAGGAUAAGGCAGUCGAUUUGUGAUGCGUUUUCAAUAGCUCAGAACCGCACCACACCACGAGUCCAAGCUUGCCAUGCGCAACAGCCAAAACUUGUUGAUUUGUGUAGCAAAAUCGCACACUUGACACUCUUGGGGACGUUUUUACACAUGAUACGUGUUCCGCACGCGCGUCGAAGCUGCGGUGCAGAACGUGCUGCACAGUAUGGUGAUAUGCAUUGCAAAAGCAUCCUACUAGUAGUAAUCGCAGUCAUGCAUUACAAAUUGUUUUCUUUGGGUAAACCCGCAUUACAUUCUCAUGCUGAGGAAAUUUGUCAUGCGGUUUAUACUAGUACGAUGGUUUUUCACAGGAUAGGUGAACUCCGGCAACAACAGUCCCCACAACAAUUACCGCAACCAGAACGUCAACAACGCCUUUUUCACUGAUGUGAUGGUGUCGCCCAAAGGCGCCAGCGGGUCGUCCAGCCGAAGCAGCUUCCCGCACAAUCCCGCACUGAGCAUGGCCAAAACUACGACGAGGAGCGACAGGGGAGAACCGGCAGGGGAAGCGAAGCCGCUUACCUCGGCGGUUUCCCCGAACUCCUUGCGGAAGAAGGAUGAUGACCUGGAUGUGGUGUUGUGAGUAGGAGCUAAAAAUAGUGUCCUUGAUCAUGAAAACGCGUCGGCUUCCUUGUUGUAUAUCUACCGACGACGAGUUUUCUGUUACCACAUCAAACGAUUUUUGUUCAAAGAAAAGCGAUUUGUCUUCAACAAGUUUAUCAACUCCAAGUUUAUUGAUCAACUUUAACUUUAACAUUGGAUUUCAAGAGUUGCAUUUUAACGCUACUUCGCAGUACAGAGUUGUUCGGAUUAUAUGCUAUGCAGGAGAGCAGGAAGUACUCCGCUUUAUUUCAACUUUGUAUCUUCAACCACUUUAUUAUUAAUAUUAUUACAUGAUGGAUUGCACACUGACACUGUACAAAUUUUUAUGCUUAUUUCACAGUUCGACUUCGAUCGUUCCUCUUUCUUUUCACUCGUGUUGUACGUCUUUACAACCGGCCCGUUUGAGAAUCAAAAUGUACAUAAAUUUUCACCUUGAAAAACAGCCCGUUUGGAAAACAGCCAAAGAGUGGAUACCUUCGAAAUGAAAUGGACCUGUAUACAACCACAUGGAGAGCGCGAGAUAUCGAUUGAAAGCUGUACUAGAGGAAU